UACUUUGCUGUGGCCAAGACUCCGACAUCCUCAUCCUCUAACUUGAACAAACCAUGGCCGCCACAGCAUUGCUACCCAGCAAGCGACCGCAGCUGGAGGCCAACACCAUCCGAUCAAAGUCCUCAUGUCGCUUCUCCCCCGCUGGAACACACACUGUCAAUCUCAUAAUCAAUACUAUUCCCGGCUGUGGCCUUCCCCCCACCGUCCAACUCCCCGUCCGCUCCGCCGCCCGCAUCAGCGAUGUUUACUUUCAAAUCCUCAGCCUCCUCCCCGCCCAACUAGUUGACACCCACCGAGUCAACGUAAACCUCCUCACAUUACGGGCUCUUACACCUCAUGAUGACGAGCCCAUCUCAACCCUCCUCUCCAACGCUCACGAUGACCUCCUCACCCUCAACCUCACCCUCCCGCUUCCCGGUGGCAAAGGCGGCUUCGGCUCGCAACUUCGCGCCGCGGGCGGGCGCAUGUCCUCGCGCAAGAAGCGCAACCAAGGCGACCCGAAUGCCUCCAGCCGCAACCUAGACGGGCGGCGCCUACGGACAAUCACUGAGGCGAAGGCACUCGCGGAAUAUCUGGUGGUCCGACCGGAGAUGGAUAAAAAGGAGAAAGAGGAGCGGCGGAAACGGUGGGAGGAGAUCGUGGAGGCGACGGAGCGGAAGGCGGAGGAGAUGCGGAGUGGGAAGGGGAGAGUGGAUGGGAAGUGGGUGGAGAUGAAGGAUGAGAGCAUUGAGAAGAUGAGGCUGGCGAUUUUGGAGCGGGCGGCUAAGGAGAGGGAGGCGCAGGAAGAGGAGAUGGAGGGUGCGCCGAUGGAGGUGACACCGCGUGAAGAACCGGAAAGCUCGAAAUCAGGGAAAGCCCGGGAUGCGGUGCGGGUUUAUGGAUGGGAUGAGGAUGAUGAGUUCAUGUCGGACUCUUCGGAGGAGGGCUCGGAACCGAGUGAGGACACGGAGAUCUCGGAGGGUGAUGGGGCUGGGUCUUCGAAGGGCAAAUCGAAAGUCGUUUGACGUGCAUGGAUCUGUUUUCGACAGUAUUUUAACAGCGUUUGGGUAUACCAACUGGGCAGGCGUUGGAGCAGAAUAUAUUGCUCAUUUGCUUCAGGGGCGGUUUUAUGUCAAUCACGUAGCGAGCAAUUCUCAUAGCAUAUUCAAAAGUAUGCUAUUUAUCCGUUCAUUUGGAAAUUGGUCUAUACUUGGAUUUAAAGCAAUUAUUAAAGGUAAUAUUUACUUCUGUCUCGGUACAACAAUGUCUUCUUGCC